AUGAUGGCCCUUGAGAAUUCAGAAAAUAUGCAAAUGUCCUGUGAGGCAUCUCUAAAGUGCCUUCAGGGAAAGGGACCCCCUUUCACUUUUCAGUGUAGUGGGAGUUCUAUGGAAGGAUUUCCGGAGCUUACAAAUGAGCCUGGUACUCAUUCAGCUGGGAAUGUUCCUGAAUCUAACCGUCGUUUAGGCAGUGAGUUUCUUGAGCACUCCAAUGAAUUUCAUAGUAAACCUGCUUAUCACCAUGAUUACAGUGCCUGGACAGCCUGCCAUUUUAAUCCUCACAAGCUGCAGCAGUGUCAAAUGAAUGCUUUUGAGAGCCACUUUUAUCCUUAUCCUGUCGAGAACCAACUCCAGUGUGCUCCAAUUAAUAUGUUAUCUCAGGGUUACUCGCGUGAGCAAUUUCAAGAAUUUCAGUAUUUUGUGGUCAUAGACUUUGAGGCUACCUGUGAUAAGGAUAAAAAUCCCCAUCCUCAAGAAAUAAUUGAGUUUCCAUCUGUCAUAGUGAGUAGUGUUACUGGUCAGCUGGAAGCAUGUUUCCAAACAUAUGUGAAGCCUACCUGCAAUCAGCUUCUGAGUGACUUCUGCAAGGAUCUAACUGGUAUCCAGCAAAUUCAGGUAGACAGAGGUGUUACAUUGAGUGAGGCUCUACUUAGGCAUGACAAAUGGCUUGAGAAAAAGGGAAUAAAGAAUGCCAACUUUGCUGUGGUUACAUGGUCUAGCUGGGAUUGUCGUGUGAUGCUUGAAUCAGAGUGCCGUUUCAAGAAAAUACGAAAGCCACCUUAUUUCAACCGCUGGAUCAACUUGAGGAUUCCUUUCAGCGAGGUAUUUGGUGAUGUGAAGUGCAAUCUAAAGGAGGCUGUUGAGAUAGCCGGCUUGGCCUGGCAGGGUCGUCCUCAUUGUGGCUUGGAUGAUGCCAAAAAUACUGCUCGCCUGCUGGCACUGCUAAUGCACAGAGGUUUUAAGUUUUCCAUUACCAACUCCAUUCUGUGGCAGACGGCCGAUCGAUCACUGAUCUGGAAGCAGUCUCAAGAACAGCAAAGUGCUCACCCUCAUUGCCCCUACAAAUCAAGGGAUGUGAUUCAUAUGAAUACCCCAGUUCCAGUCAUUCAGUAUCACCCUUGCUGUUAUUGUGGGGUGAAAAGUAGUAGGGGCAUGAUCAGAAAGCCAGGGCCUAAGCAAGGGAGCCUUUUCUUUGGAUGUGGAAAUUGGACUACAACUAGAGGUGCUCGCUGCCAUUACUUUGAAUGGGCAUCUACCUAA